AUGGCUAUCAACCUCGAGGACACCAGCAGCGGCUUCCGCCACAUGGAUGUGGUCAUGUUCAUCAAUGAGGAGGUCCUCAGGAAUGGCGGCAGGUCCGACUUCUACUCGGCCUGCCGCUCGCUGCACUGGCCAGAGGUGGAGGACAGGCUCCAGGUCAUCUUGGGAGACCCGCGCUUGCCCCGCUCUGCCAAGAGGGCGUGCGCUUGGAGCGCGCUGGCUCUGGCGGUGCGAUUUGCCGCCAGGCAGCGAGAUAAGCAGGAGCGGCGGAUCCAGAAGCUGCAAAACCAGGUGAUACAAAGCGAGAUGAAAUCCAGGACCCUGAUGAUGGAGCUGCAGAGGCUGCAAAAGGAGCGGGAGGAGCUGACCGUGCAGUUGCGCAGCACCAUGGACGACCUGCAGCAGUCCCUGGAGGAGCUGUGGCGUGUCUACUGGGAGAACAAGAUUGGCAAGCCUCAUACUGUUCCCUACAAGGUGGCUGGGCGCUGUGGUUCUGUGUUGGUGCCUCUGAUCCCUGCACCCCAAGGCACUGGAAUCAUCUCAGGCUUUGUGCCCAAGAUGAUACUGCUGAUGGCUGGAAUUGAUGACUGCUACACCUCAACCAGGGGGCUGCACAGCUACCCUGGGCAGCUUUGCAAAAGCCACCUUUGA